CGCUCACGAACUCGCAGUAAACUGAAGCGCCCCGGCGCGCUUUGUUGUGGGAGCAGCUUGGAGACGCGACGGCGCUGUGUCUGUGUGCCGGGGGCGAUGAUGCUUGCGUCGACGCCGUGCGGGGUUUGAACAAGGAGCGCGCCGUCGUUGUGCUGUGGUGUCUUUUCUGUGCGCGGCUUGUUGUUGACGCCGCCGGUGUUACAUCGUCAUCAUGGAUUUGAAACUCGGAUUGACCACGACACCGAACAGUGCGUGCCGCUUCGCCGCCUCACGCCUGCCGCUGCUGCUGCUCCUGGCGGCGCUGUCCUUGUGCGUCCUCGGCGUCCUGGGCCAGGACAACUUCUACUUCAGCCCGCAGCCGGCCGACGUGCGGGUGCGCAAGGGCGAGAGCGCCACGCUCCGCUGCGGCGUGUCCAACGCCGACCGCGUCGCCUUCCACUGGACGCUGGACGGCGAGCCCGUGCGCAACACGACGCGCCGCUUCCAGCAGGGCUCCGACCUGCGGCUCACCCGCGUCGACCCGAGCCUCGACAUGGGCGAGUUCCGCUGCAUCGCCACCAACGCCUCGUCCGGAUUCUCGCUCGCCUCGCAGGGCGCCCAGCUCAACAUACUCUGGAUCGGCGACCAGGUGAGCGUGGAGCUGCACAGCCCGUCGUCUCCCGACCAGCUGGCGGUGGGCGGCGAGCUGUCUCUGCGCUGUCGCGCCGAAGGGGUGCCCGAGCCGCAGCUCGAGUGGUUCCACAACGGCGUGCGCCUGUUCCGCAGCGAGCGGGUGUCGUUCCGCGGCCGGCGCUUCCACCUGGCCGCCCUGACGCCCGCCGACAACGGCGUCUACACGUGCGCGGCUUCCUCCGAGGCCGGCAUGGUGCGCAGCCGGCGGGGAUUCGCCCUGACGCUGGCCGGCGAGAACGUGCCCCGGAUCAGCACGCUGCCCAGCGACGUGACCGUGAAGCGCGGUGACGUGGCGAGGCUCGACUGCGUCUACGAGAGGGCCGCGGUCACCGAGUGGUACGCGCUGGACGGAGACGUGCCCCUCGGGAACACCACCAAGACCACGAUCCUGGGCAACUCGUCGCUGUUGGUGCAGAACGUGCAGAGCUCGGAUGAGGGCCUCUACCGCUGCGUCGGUGUGGGCCAGGACAAGAACGCCGCGCAGCAGUCCUUCGUGGCAAGGAUAAGCCUCGCCUUCCUGGAGGACUUCAAGCACGAGUCCAUCGAGCCCCCGCUUCCGGAGGACCGGACCGUGGUGGCGGCCAAGGGCGGCCAGCUCGAGCUGCUCUGCGUGGUGCCCGAGGGCCAGCCCCGGCCGCGGGCCUGGUGGGAGGACCCGUCGGGCCACACCAUCGGCGACAGCGGCCGCGUCAGGGUCUCCGGCACGCGGCUGCUCGUCGACUCGGCCAAGAAGGGCGACGCCGGCAACUACACGUGCGUCGCGCAGAACAUGGCGCACACGCGCCGCACCAGCGUCACGCUCUUCGUCGCCGUGGCACCAUCGGUGUCGUCGCACCCACUGGACUUGACGGUGGACGAAGGCGAGGAGACCACACUGACAUGCUCCUACACGGGCUCGCCGCCGCCCGUCACGCGGGUCACGUGGCAACACGACGACAGGCCGCUGCGCCCCGCCGGCAAUGGCGGCUCGGCGAACACGGACCCCAUCACGGCGGCAGUGAACGGCAAUGGCGGGCCGGGUCACCUGAAUACGUACCCCAACGGGACCCUGCACAUACGCAACGUGGGCCUGAGUGACUCUGGUGACUACUUCUGCAGCGUCAACACCACGGGGUUCCCCGUCCAAACGGCCAAGGUGGCCACGCUGCAAGUCAGGGAGCGGCUGAAGUUCGUGCCGGCGCCGGUGAGCCGCAACCUGGAGCUGGGCUCCAAUGCCAAGGUGUACUGCCGUGCGCGGGGCAGCCCGUCGCCCAUCGUGCGCUGGAUCAAGGAGCAGGAGGGCGGCCGCCAGCCUCCGUCGCUCGAGUGGCCGCCGCACAUCCGCGACGAGAACGGCACCCUGCGGUUCCAGGGGGUGCGCGCGCAGGACGCCGGGCGCUACACCUGCGUCGCGACCAGCACGCAGGGACUCAUCAACGCCACCGUGCGCCUCGACGUCAUCAUGAUGCCCCGGUUCACGGUGCAGCCGUCGCCGACACGAGCCGUGGAAGGCUACAGCGCCAUGCUUCACUGCAAGGCGACGGGUGACCCCCUGCCCACCAUCCAGUGGGACCGCAACAACGUGCUCAACAACUUCGACCCGCAACGCUACCGCGUCCUCGAAAACGGCUCCCUCUACAUUUCGGAGGUGCACCGCGACGACGACGGCAAGUACGGCUGCACGGCCGGAAACAGCGGCGGCCUGCGGCGCGUCGAAGCCAGCCUCGUCGUCCUGGACUCCGAGGGCUACUCAUCAGGCAGCCUGCCAGGCGUUGGUGACCCUGGUGAGAACACGAUGGCCAAGACGGUGACCAUCACGCUGGGAGCAGCGGCCAUUUACAUGAUGCUCGUCAUGGGACUCAUGAUCUGGUGCCGGUUCCGCCGAGCGCGCAGAAAAGCCAUGCUGCUGCUGCAGGUCUCCUCUGAAGUGGCCAAGCCCGACGACGACAUUGCACCGACCGAGAUGCGCGACAAGGCGGUCACUGUGACGGCGUCGGCGCGGGACUCGCUCGUGGCGCCGCAUGGUGGUGGCUGCGUGGUCGACGGCAAAGAUGGCAACGCCGCCGCUGAUGCGCUAUCACACAGCUCGGGCUCUCACUCACAGCACUCGAGGCGUAGUCGGAACUCGUAUGACAAGCUGCACUACCCUCGCCAGGACCUCCACACCAUGAUGCUGCUCGGUCGCGGCGAGUUCGGCGACGUCUUCCUGGCCAAAGCGAGGAACAUCAUCGAGGGCGAAGCCGAAACGGUGGUGAUGGUCAAGGCCCUGCACUCCCGCGAUGAGUGGGCACACGCCGACUUCAAGCGCGAGAUGGACAUGUUCCACAAGCUGAGCCACGAGGGCAUCGCGCGCCUGCUGGGCGUCUCGCGGGACGUCGAACCCUUCCUGGUUAUCAUGGAGUACACCGACUGGGGCGACCUCAAGCAGUUCCUGCUGGCCACUCAGAAGGACAGCCAGCGCAAAGGUCCUAAGCCACCGCCUCUGAACCAGGCGCAGGCCAUUGGCGUCUGUCAUCAGGUGGCACUUGCAAUGGAGCACCUGGCCAACCACCGCUUCACGCACCGGGACCUGGCUGCGCGCAACUGCCUCAUCACCUCGCGGGUCGACAUCAAGGUCAGCUGUCCGGCGCUGUGCCGUGACUCGUAUGUCGCCGAGUAUGCUAUGCACCAGAACCGCUCGGUACCCAUCCGCUGGACGCCCGGCGAGGCAUUAUUCGAGGACGAGUGGUCCACGAAGAGUGACGUCUACUCCUUCGCCGUGCUCGCCUGGGAGGUCUUCACCCAGGGCCUGCUGCCACACGCAGACAAGGACGACACGACGGUGUUGAGGCUGCUGAAGAGUUCCGAGCUACGCUGGACGGCACCUGCGAGCGCCCCGACGCCAUUCGCUGAGCUCCUGGACCGCUGCUGGCAGCGGUCACCACGCGACAGGCCUUCUUUCUCGGAGGUUGCCGUCAGGAUUGGCGAGAUCUUCGUGGACAGCAACGUCUGAAUGCCGCAUGCAUUGUGCUACCUUGUUCGGCAUCCUUAUUCGAUAUUCAGGGUCAUUCAGAGCAGUAGGCCUAAUUAGGAAAGGGAGGGGCGAUGGUGGCGCAGGCUAUUUCGAUGGCCACGGUAGGAGUCAUGGCAGCUUCAAUCUAUUGCUAUCACCCAAAGGUAGGCCUUCCUUCUCAAAGGUCACUGUCAAGAUUAGCGACAUUUUCGCAGACAGCGCCAUCUGGAGGCCACAUACAUCAUCCUGUUUUGCCUCGUGUCCAGAUUCAUGGUCAUUCAUAUUGGUGGGUCCACUAUUUCAGGUACAUCAUCAAUGUCAAAGACUGCUGUAUGGAUGUGAGAGACAUUGUGUAGAUCUCUAGGGCUACCUGUAUGGCCUUUCUAUUUAAUUCAUUCAAGGUAUAGCCAUACAGAGUACUUUUGCUGAGGUCGAGGAGGGAGGGGGGUGUAGUUGCAGAAGUACUGUUGGCUUGAGGUGAACAACUUAUCUGAUACAUUUCUGCAUUAUGAAUGUGGGUGCCACUUGAUUUUUCUCUCGGUUAUGAACACUUAUUAAGAAUGAUCUAAUGUGUGAGUUCAAGUAUCAUGAGAAAUUUAGAUAGGUUUAUUCUCAAGAAGUCUGCCUAGCACUCACAAACACCAGAAGAGCUGGGAUCAGGUUACUACAGUUACCCUGUCUUUCUGCUGCCAUUGAAACUUGUUUUAGACACUUCAUUUAUUAAGUGACACAAUUUUGUAGGAUAUUUCAGCAAACAAAUUACUGCCACUUCAGGUAGCCUAAACUGCUGUGCUGAAUAUAAAACCUAUUAACAUAAGGUCCUAGAACCUUUUAGUAAAGACAAAUAUGUCAUCCUUAAAUUGGAAAUAAACACCAAGCAUGUGUCAGAAUCUUAAUGUUAAGCUUAAACUAAAAAUUUAUUGAUCAUGAAAAUGUGGCAAAGCAUUUCAGCAGCUUAAAGAUGGCUGUGUUAAGCACGAAACAGAACAAGCCCUUUUUGGCAGCUUUUAUUGAAGCUUGUGAAGUUGUAUUGCAAUAUUCUACAAGAGCGCAGACAUGUCUUUACUCACUUUUUACAAGGUAUAUGAUGUCAUUUGUCAUAGUGUGUUUUACAUGUAUUUAUAAGAGGACAUCUUGCUUGACAUGGAGGCUAAAGAACUGCCAACUAUGCUUGCCAAAAAAACACAAAUGUCAACCAAAAUGCCCUUUGACCAACGAACUAUCUUGUCACAAUGACACUUUACACAAUGUUUUAUAAGCCUUUUAUGUCUUUACACGUUUUGAUACCUAUUAUUUGUCUCAUUGCGGACAGAUUUGUUUAGUGUACAAAUGGAUGUCUAAUAUCCAUCCAUCAUUUCCUGUCUUUUGGCAAGUUAUCCAUGCGAAGUCCAACGAUCCUGGGCUAGUCAUGUCUAUUCACCACACAUGACAUUAUACAGAACAAUGUGGUGCUUUUUAUAAAUGUUGGACAGUGCUUUUUUACAUGUGGAGAAAAAUAUACAGUUCUACACUCACUGUGCGUGAUGUAUAUUACAGCUUACAUCAUGAUUAUAUGCAUGACAUAGAAUGGUUGAGUACAUAAUAUACACAAUGAGUAGUCUUUUCAUAUAAAGUAUGGUGCAUGUGUGGAAAUGACUUUUCAGCCCUUAGGGUUAUGGCCAGGUUACCAAUGCUGAAUCCUACUAGCUGACAAUAAUCAUUGCCUGCAUAAUAACCAGCGUAUUUCCUACCAAAUUUCAACCUUCGUGCUAGGACGUGAAUACUGUUGUUUGCUUGUGGGCAUCUUUAUUACAGAGCUUAGAAAAAAAAAAGAAAAGAAACUUCAUGGGUGGCUGUCAACACAGCAAGUUCUAUAGUUAUAUCAUACCAUGAAUGACAACCAGGCAUCAGAUGUUUGGCUGUGCAAUUUCACAAGUUGACUUGCAUAAGCAUAACAUCAGUUGAUUGGCUAGAUGGUUCAUACUAACUAUACUUCUGAAAACCAUGUGUUGUCAACAUAUUCACUUUCCAAUGGGAACGCAGCAUGAACAUGCUGACAAGUACACACUUCUACAGCCACAGCAAAAGAGGCAGUGCCUGUCCUGUAUCAGUCCUUGUGUCCGUUUUGGAAGAACAGGGAUAGCAGUGUCAGUGUCCUGUUUGCCUUUGCUUGUGCCAAAUUUCUCGGCAGAGCUGAACACGCAAGAAGCCUUUGAAUGCAGCAGUGUAUCACUAGAAACAAAAGCUUGCGGACCACAUGAAAAAUGCAUACAGCUCAGAAAUGACUAGUACUGACAAGCUGGAAUGACAUGCUAAUUCGAAGAAACAAAAUAAUAUGCGUAUUUGCUUAAUUACAUCAAAUUGCAUUACAUGAUCCUUGCAUAACUGGGCGCUUUAUUUGAUGUAGCCCCAAAGCUAAACGUCUGUGAAUGAAUCACACACAUGGUGACAAUUAUCGAAAGAGAAAAGUAUGAUCUCUAAUUUAUUUUCUCUGGAUUUUGCUUCACUCGAGAGUAAUGUCGCAUCCCAAAGUUUGCUGUACAACAGUGGCAUUCCACGCUUCAAUUACAGCUUGCAUGCUAAGAUGAUGGAGAAAGUAUGUUUUAAUCGCAUGCCCAGUUCACAAAGUUUUGUCCCUUACUGCGCAUGAUACCAACUCGUUAUCGGAUUCUCUGCUAGCUAGAAAUGAUUACCGCCUGUAGGUGCGAGCAGCUCGCUCACUGUCACAAAGUCAUCUCCAUACAAUGAUGUACGUUUCAUUGAUGAAUAUACUUGUUGAAGCAUCUAACGACAUCGAAUAGUAUGCUGGUUCAUCCACGCACUGAACCCUGCUGCUGUAUUUAUUGUCAUCAACUUAGAUUUCAUACACCUAUAGGAACAAAUAAUUUGACUUUUAUGCUACUCAUCCGUAGACACCUAGUAUUGUGAAAUGUUUAAAGACAUUUCAAGGUAAAAUUUUUUUGCCUGGAGACAACAUUCUGGUUUCAUUUUUUCCACUGCUUAGUGUGUAAAAUGUAUGUUUGCAUGCCGAGAACAAUUUUCGUCAGUUAACUUUGUCAUUCUGGUAUGGAUGAGUCAUUUUUUAAAAUAAAAAUUUAUUUAGUUGCCCUCACAUGUGAAUUUGAGGUUAGGUUCAUUAUAACAGAAUACCAAUUUGUCAUGAAACAUCACUGUCUUGAAAAAAUGCUUGACAUCUCUAGCAAUGAUAAGAACAUUUGCAGGUUUUUGUUAUAUGCAUAUGUUUCUUGUAAAGUUGGUUUGCUGUAAUUAAGACAGAACCCAUCUAUACCACGCUGAUGGCAUGUAUUUGCAUUGUCAUGGCCACAAAUUUGGACGAUUGCUGACACCGUAAAAGACUGCUCUAGUUGUUCCAUCCAGUUAUCUUUAUGGUGCUGUGGAAUCCAUAAAUGCAGUACUCAUAUUGGAUCAUCCGUGUUGUGUGCAAGCCAUUUGUCAUGUUUCUAAAAUAUUUAGGACACCACAGUGUCUCAAAUUUUUAAUUUUUGUCAGCACUUUCUUCCACAAAACUGCAGAGCUUAUAUGUUUAUUAGCCUUGCCGUUUCUCUUCAUAUAUGCUGCUUUUGUUUAGUAUGUUUCUUCCAAAAACCGCCCUGGCUUGAUGUCAUGUGUCGCGGAAAUCUUUACGUGCCAGUAUUCAAGGCCGUUUCAAUGUGCGGGGCUGUGGACAGAAGGGGUCACAGGCCACUUAACCAUAGCUACCCAAAUGAUGCACAUAGAAAUGAGCAAAAUAAAAUGCAGAGAACUAUAUAUGCUUGCUAUUAACAUAGUUGUGCUUCUUAUUCAAGUUAACUUCCUAAUCUCUCAAUGCUUACUGCAAUAAAUCAAUGUCAAGGAUAUGUCUUCUAGGAACAGCACCUAAAUGUGCAGCCUUGCCUCAUUAUUCACUUCACUAAUGGACUGACAAUGAGCCUCAUGACCUCUUUAUUAGCUGAUGCGUUACAGGAUACAUUUUUGUUUCCCAUAAUUCCUUUUCCUCAAAUAGUUUUUUUUUUUUUCACAUAAAGCAAAAGUUACUAUGAGCUAUGAAUGGAUGUGAAUGUUUCAAAAAAGGAGAAAAUGUAAAGCGAUUGGCAUUCAGUGAACCCAAUCUGGUUUUGAGAAGAAUCGGUUCUUUCUUUGUACAUACGUAAUCACUCAAAAUUUCACGGUACGGUGGAAUGUUUGUCGUUCACAAGCAAGCUUGCUACCAUAAAGGCCUACAAAAUUUAAAGCUUUUCAGCUAACUAUGUCACAAAUGGUAUAAGAUAGCAUUCGAACAGGCACACUUUACAUGUUUUACAUCUGAUACAAGGCAAUAGAAUUGACUACUACUUCAAAAGUGUUUGUCAUUCACGAAAAAAUGUUUGAGAUUGUAAAGACUUAACAAGACAUAACUCUAAGCUCAUAAUAGGCAAGAAUAGCCAGUGAUCAACAUGGUAAGCUCAUUCUUAACUUGUCAAUCGGUGCAAAGAAAUAGAAGUGAUGGGAGCAUUCUACAUGUUGAACAUUCACAUGGGAGGCAUUGACUGCAGUGAACUCAGUCUUGGGCGGCUGCUAUAGUGCUGUUUGAACCGCUGAUGGUAAUGUAGACGAUCACUGGUCUCUUUGUGCUGCUUUUAUGCUUUUCCUGCCAGUUUAUCAUUCAAGUGCUUUAUUGCUAUAAUGUAUAGUAGCAUAAAAUAUAACUUCACCUUAUACAUGUGUGGCUUUCUGUGCUUGUUUUGGACAUUUGUGUGAAGCGUCAUCCACCUGUGAUCAUUCACGGGCCAACUUUUUUGUUUGUAUGUACGUGCACACAUUAUAAAUAUCCUGAGGUUGUGUGACUGCUGUGUGUGCUGUAAAUAGGUGAGCAGCCUUGGAGAAUUUCUUUAGAAAAUAAAUAUUGCUAGAAAAGUGAA